UGGACAGCUACACUGAGUAGUCUGAUCCAUUACUUGAGGAUGUCACCGGGGUCUCUGUGCUGUGCACUGACCAUCCAGCAUUGAUUCCCUCCCUCUGACAUACAGAGAGAGGAUGCGCUGGCCGGGACACAGGGCUGAGGUAUAGCCAGGUUCAUCCUGUUGCUCAAUCCUCCUUAUAUGCCCCAAGGAUCCCUACACUACAGUCUGGGAACUCCUGCCGUGGCUCAUUUAAGGAACAGCUUGUGUACACCAUGUCUGAAGGUACAGGUGAUAACCUUUUUUCCAGGCCAGCAACUACUUCAUCGGUUAAGUAUUUAGCUUGUGCCAAAUGCCGCAUCUGGUCACAAGGACCCUCUGUGUUCCACGUGCAAGCCACCUGAUGCAGUUUCGGAAACGUCAGAACUCCGUCCUCAGGUAAGCCAAGCCUCCCAUGGGGACCCAUCAGGCCAGCCCCGGGACUCCACCCCCCUGGACCCCCAGCCUCCCCCAGAAUGGGCAUCUAAGCUUGCCGCCGGCAUUCCUAAAUUGGUGGAGUCCCAUGGCUAGAUAAGCCUCGGCCUAAGCCUCCAAAAUGUAGAGCCCCCUCUCCUUCCGAGGAUGAGUGUGAGGCGGAGUCCAUCACUACUUCAUCCCUGCCGCCUGACUCCGAGGAGGAUCCGGCUCUAUCUGAUGGUGAACUAUCUCACAGUUCCGACCCAGAGUAAGGGGAAUCCCCCCAAACUCUCCUCCGAGGCCAUUGAUUCCCUCAUUUCAGUAUUAGAGACCCUUCACUUAAAGGAGCCUGAACCUAGUUGCAGUACCUCCUUGUUUAAGCGCCGCAGCAGGUCAGCAGGUCCUCACCUUCCUUUCCUCUCUCAUGCUCAACUCGAGCAAAUUAUACAACAGGAAUGGUUCAAGCCAGAGGGAUGUUUCCAGGCUAAGCGCAGUUUUUCUCAAACUAUAUCCUUUUCCACAGGAACUAACGGAAAAGUGGACCUCCCCACCUUCAGUGGACGCGCCUGUCUCUCGACUAUCUAAGGGCACUGCUUUACCAGUUCCUGAUGCAGCCUCCUUCAAGGACUCCAUGGACAAGAAGCUUGAGGGCAUUCUAAGUUCCCUCUUCUCUGCUUCAGGUACCUCCCUUCGGCCUGUUCUAGACUCGGCUUGGGUAAGUAGAGCCGUCCAAACUUGGUCGGACGCCUUAUGCCGAGCGAUUGCCACAAGGGUCCCCCAUGAAGAACUUGCUCAUUUGGCCUCGCAAAUCAAGGAGGCUGACUACCUAUGUGAAGCCUCCCUCGAUGCGCUACAGGUGAUUAGCAGAACUUCAGCCGACUUGACUUGUCGGUAUCGGUUCGCAGAUCUCUCUGGAUGAAACUGCGGACUUGUCUUCAAAAAAGUCUCUCACGACACUCCACCACCUGCAGAGGACGCUUCAGUGGAAGGUCCAGGCCAUCCUGGCAGUCCCGCAAGUCCACGUCUGCAUUACUCACCCCUUCUUCCCUUCAGCGACUCAGCCGUAGGGGGGGGAGACUUUGCAGGUUUGCCGACUCCUGGAAGAAUCUGACUCAAGACGUCUGGGUACACGAGGUCGUGAGUCAGGGCUACCACCUAGAAUUCGCUUCUCUCCCGCCUUGCCGGUUCUUCAUGUCCAGAUAUCCUCAGGGGCAUCAAAAGGCUCAGGCGCUGCACGACGCGAUCGGCAAGCUUAUCCGUUCAGAGGUCAUCAUCCCUUUUCCGACUGAGGAGAGAUUCCGAGGCUAUUACUCAAACUUGUUUGUAGUUCCCAAGAAGGAUGGAUCUGUUCGGCCAAUCCUGGACCUCAAGGAACUCCAUACUUUCAUUCGACCGCGAAGGUUCAAGUUGGAAUCCCUCAGGUCUGUCAUUGCGGCCCCAAUUUUCUGUCCACAUCAGAGAUUCUUGCGAUUUGCCUUCCAAAAUCGCCACUUCCAACUCACAGACCUUCCCCUUGGCCUGAACUCGGCCCCUCGUGUCUUUACCAAGAUCAUGUCGGUGGCCACUGCUCUAAUCCGCACCAGGGGGAUCUCCAUAACUCCUUAUCUGGACGAUCUCCUGAUCAAGGCACCUUAAUUUGCAGUGGCCCAGCAGGCGUUGCACUUCACCAUGGUUCGAUUACAGGAGUUUGGUUGGUUCAUCAACCUGGACAAGUCCUCGUUAACCCCAAGCCAAUCCAUGGUCUUCCUCUGGAUGCAGUUCAACACCCAGAC